CCUCAUCUUAUCCGCCGGCCUCCUCACGCCGUCGCUGCUGCCUGCUCACUCCCCACUCCCGACUCCCCGACGCACGAGCUCCCAGGAGUUAGCCAUGGCCUCCACCACCCUCUCCUCCGCCUUCAGCCUCCUCUCCCGCCCCUCCACCUCCCCGUGCCCCGCCGUCUCGCUCCCGAGGUCCUCCUUCCCCGUGCCUGACAGCCGCCGGAGACGCCGCGCCGUCACCGUCGCGUCCACCGCCACCGAGUCCCCCAAGGUCUUGGAGCUCGGGGACACCAUUGCCGGGCUCACUCUCGAGGAGGCCCGCAACCUUGUUGACCACCUCCAGGAGCGGCUCGGCGUCACAGCUGCGGCCUUCGCGCCGGCCGCCGUCGUCGCAGCGCCUGGGGCGGGCGGCGGGGCCGCGGCCGAGGAGGAGGCCCCCGUUGAGAAGACGGAGUUCGACGUAGUAAUUGAAGAGGUGCCCAGCAGCGCGCGUAUCGCCACUAUCAAGGUGGUGCGCGUGCUCACCAGCCUCGCGCUCAAGGAGGCCAAGGACCUUAUCGAGGGCCUUCCCAAGAAGCUUAAGGAGGCCGUCAGCAAGGACGAGGCCGAGGAUGCCAAGAAGCAGCUCGAGGAGGUCGGCGCCAAGGUGUCUAUCGUGUGACACUAGGUAUACUGACUCCUUUUUUUUUUCUUCUUUUUUUUUUAAAUUUCUUUCUUUGAUCUUUGCCUCCCAAUCUUUUGUGUAUCCCCAUUGUCGUUUAUAAGGAAUUGCUGUUUGAUG